GCAGAUGACAGAUUGUCAGCUGCUUUCGGUUCAAUGACCGAGGUUGUUUGAAAAUGACCUGUCAUUCAUUCAUUUAGGAAUGAGAAAAGUACCUACGAAAUAUUAUUUUCACUCGCUGCCUCUGUCGUCAUAAAAUCACUUGGUAUAAAUACUUGAAAAUAGAUGCUUGCAAAAUCAUUCGUUACUACAUUAAUUAAGUGCAGGAUCUCUUGUUUCAUACAGAAAUCGGUUGCUACAAUGACAACAAAUCCGAUUAGUUUGGAAACAAUCAAAAAGUUGCGAGAUGAAUACCAUAAAGAUCCUAAGAAUGAAUUGGCCCAAAAUGCUUGCACCCGUAUAGAUCCCUUUGAGGUAGCCAUCAGCAGAAAGCGUACAGAUGCUGCUCUUCACGUAUUUAACAUUAAAGUCGAAUCCGAGGGUAAACCAGUUACGAACCAGGAGAACUCUGGCCGCUGCUGGCUGUUCGCUGCGCUGAACGUCAUGCGGUUGCCGUUCUCAAAAAAAUAUGGCAUUGACGAGUUCGAGUUCUCUCAAAGUUACCUGUUCUUCUGGGAUAAAGUAGAACGAUCACACUAUUGGCUGAACAACAUCGUUUCCACAGCUAAACAGGGCGAGGAACUCGACGGCAGGCUCGUCAACUUCUUACUCAAGGAUCCGAUCAAUGAUGGCGGACAAUGGGACAUGAUAGUCAAUCUCAUUAACAAGUAUGGGGUGGUUCCUAAAGACUGUUUUAAGGAAUCCUUCAGCUCUAGAAGGAGUCUGCAUAUGAACGCAAUUUUGAAGACUAAGUUACGUGAAUUCGCCAAAGAGUUGAGAGAAAAAGUGGCCGCUAAAGCUACAGACGAAGAAAUACAGAGUACCAUCGACAAACAGCUAGAAGUCGUAUAUAAAAUUGUUGCGACUUGCUUAGGUACACCCCCGGCUAAGUUCAACUUCGAAUAUUAUAACAAAGAGAAGGCAUAUUGUAGUUUCGGCGAGACAACCCCACAGGAAUUCUAUAACAAUUAUGUAAGACCGCUCUUCAAUGUGGACGAUAAGGUGUGUCUAGUGAGCGACCCCCGGGAGUCAAACCCGUUCGGGCAACUGUAUACGCUGCAGUGUCUGGGCAACGUGCUGGGAGGCCGACAGACCGCAUACAACAACCAGCCCAUAGAGACUCUCAUCAAGGCAGUAAGGGACAGCAUAGUGGGCGGGGAAGCGGUGUGGUUCGGGUGCGAAGUCUCAAAAAGAUUCGAGAGGAAACACGGCUUGACGGAUCUUGAUGCUCACGACUACCGGCUAUUGUUCAACACGGACGUGCAAGUCGGUUUAUCGAAAGCCGAUCGCCUCAAGUAUGGGGACUCCUGCAUGACCCACGCUAUGGUGUUCACUGGAGUAGGCACUGAUGAUCAGUCCAAUCCAACCAAGUUUAGAGUGGAGAACUCAUAUGGUGACAAGGAGUAUAACAAGGGAUACCUGCUGUUAACAGAGCCCUGGUUCAGGGAGUUCGUCUUUGAGAUAUUUUGGAAGAAGCAUGUUCUUCCAAAAUGUCUCCCCACGGCACGAAAGGAUUUUGACUUGAUCAAGCGGCAUGAUGGUGGUCGUAGACAAGAAGUAUGUCUCGGAAGAAGUUUUGAACGUGUUCAAACAAGAAGCGAAAAUGUUGCCAGCCUGGGACCCAAUGGGCACAUUGGCUUGCCCGCUCUGCAACCAAGACUGCAACCAUGAAUAACACCAGGAGUGGAGGAAACCUUGAAACUUCACCUAUUGCCACCGUAGCCCACGAGGCGCCUAUGAGAUAAUACCUAGAUAUUGAUAAAAUAUUGCGUCCAAUUUUCUCACGAACUUAGCAAGCGAAAAGGAUUUUUUAAUGGCAACACCUCCAUACUUUUAGUCUUAUUGAUCAAGCAAAUGCUUUUAUAAAAAUAACUUCAUCUGAAAGACUGUUAUCUAAGGUUUGUCAAAAUUCUUCUUCAUCAAAAUAGCAAUUUUGUAAGCAUUAAUCUACAUUGUAGCGUUAUAAACAAUUUGUAGAACAAUUGUAGUGUUAAAAACUAUUUUUACAUUGUAUAGUCAGUCCAAUUAGGAACUUGAACAUUGUAAUACGAAUGUAAAAAAAUUCAAUAACCAGUUUUGUUAAAUCUGUUAAUUUCUAGUUACAGCACAGAAUACUAAUUAUGUAGUAGUAGUUUUACGAUGCUAUUUUUUAUUUACUUAUAAUCUGUUGGGUAUAGAAUUUAUUUUUAUGUGCCAGUGUAUUUUUAUUAAUAUUUACUUUUUUACUGAAACUAAUGUGUUCAUAAAAGUUACCAAUAGAUACUUGGAUGGAAUUUACACAUCCAAGAGCAGAUAUUGCAACUCAAUAAAUAUGUUAAAUUAAAACUUACAAUCUACGCAAAGAACUUAAAAUGUGGCUAAUAAAGCCUCCUACCUCCAUAGGCGCGGUAUUAUAGUAAUUGCGAUUUUUCGUCAUACUUCUAUUGCGUCGUUAUAAUGGCAUCAGUAUGUAACUUCGUAAACGUUCUCAUACAAAAUGUACUAAAAAAUAGAAAUCGCAACUACGCAUCCGAUAUUAUCGAUCGUUAAUAACGCACCUAUGCGGCCUUAAGUUGUAUAAUAAACGCGUUUGUACAUAACGAUGCGUCUACGCAAGUUUGCGGUAGGUAGGAUCAAUAAAGUUAUACUCAUAAUAAUAAAAUUACCUGCAAGUACUAGAUAAAAACAAGGAUAAUUAACAAUAUUCCUGCUAAGUAGAUAUCUUCAUUCCCCAAACAAGUAUUUUUCAUCAAACCAUGCCACAACCAAGUUUCAACCUUGAUGACAUGCUACAUGUUAAGAAGUACUAAUAGGUACUCAUGUUUACUCAUUAUAUUUCCAAGAAAUAAAUUAAUUGGAAUCAUAUUAUUCUGUACAGAAACUGCAUAAUUUGGUUUCUCUGUCCUGUUAUUAUAAUAUUAAUGCCACUAAAAAUAGAUAUUUUAAGAUAUGUAUGUAGCAGGCAAUAUUAAUAUGAUAAUUUAAUAACUGUGUACAUGAAUUUUUUACUAACGAAAAUGGUCACCAAUGUAGGUAGCAACAGAUGUAUUACAUCUGUUUUAUAAUAUUAUUUUGUUUUUUGUUUAUAUCAUUUUAUACAAUAAAAUGUACAUUCAGUAAGCAUUGUUUUUUUUAACUCUGUAACAACAUGUUUACUUGUCUUUUAGUAAAAAAGUUGCAUAACAUGAAAACAAUAUUAUUUUGUUGAAAAUUUAACAUUCAAAAUAUACAAACUGCAUCCAAUGACAACACAUAUAUUAAAUUAAAAUAAAAGGGAUAAUAUGAUAGAUUUCAUACUAUUACAAAUAAAAGAAUGAAAACUGGUAAAUCAACAAAAUAUAUUUAUUUACAUUGCCCAACAAAUGUGUAUUGUAUUGCUUUACCCAUUACAAUAUUCACACCACUUACUAGUUGACUCGCUCAACAGAUCAUUUUUUUUUCAAGAACUUAUUGAUAUAAUUGACAUCAGUGAGUAUUUUUUACUGUAUCUGUAAAAACUCAUUGGAUCCAAACAUACAUCAUAAACUUUGAGAUCAAAAAAACUUCAAACACUUACAGGACAAUCAAAUUAUAGAAAAAAGAAAAUUUUGUGACUUGGCAAUAUUAGGAAAACACAAGGCAUAUGCUGACUUAAUUCAUUGUUUAUUACAUUGCUUUUGAAUGCACUUAGAGAUAUCAAUUAAAUCUAAUGCUUGUCAAAGUGGCAGGCUAUCCAUUGCUGUUGUGAUAGCAUCAACUUUCAAAUCUUAAAAAUUAAUUAGCAUAUCUGAGUUUCUCUGAGUUGGUAAAUAUUGUAUGUUACCUCCUUAAACUGAUACUAGAAGAACUGUAUGGCUCAUUUCAGAACUAAUUCACCAUUACAAGAAAUCAAAUCUUUACCCUGUGUCUUCUUCAAAUUCCUAAGGUACCUUAACUUUGCCCACACACCUUGACACAUGCGUAUCAGACGCUUGUCAUGUGUGUCUCUUCCAAACGCUGCAACAUUCCUAACAAUGUGACGGGCCAAUUUUAGUUUACCUUUCUGUGAGAAUGAUAAGGCAGAAUAAAGUUUACUUCUGGCUGCUAAGGCAUCAUCUCCGAGCAUUUUUGAUAAUUUGUAUUGCCGAGUUGAUAUCCUACCUGCUUCUUCAGCCUAAAAAAUUAGUCAAAAAGCAGAAUAAGCUCCCCCCAAUGUUGAGAGCCAGUGGAAAGCAUUCUCUAUCUCUACUCUGGUCCAAAUAACUCUUAACAUCCUUUCAUUCCUGCAUAGUCAAUAAGCUCUCUGUCUGGUGGCUCUAAUAUUAACUUCAAAAACACUGUCCCGUUCUUAGGAAAUCCGCAAAAUUUAUGUAAAUUAAUUAAAACAUUUCCUCUGUAUACGUCUGAACUCAAGCACUCUUUUAAAAACGGUUGCAAAAAUAGCGCGGAUACUGCGAACUUUAAUUUGUUCCUCUUGUCCCUUUUGUCAUUAACUUGAACUUCAUUACUAUCUCCACAUUUAAUGCCGAGGAUUUCAGCAGAUUUGACAUCAGGCAGCAGUACGUUUUCCUCGGAAAUAUAACAAAUAGUAAAUGGGCUGCGAUAAAGUCGAACUUUGGUUAUUAUUUGCAUUUUCACAACUACCAAAGCUAUCUAGUUUCACAAUACUAAUGUAUUGAGAAUUUACUUAUUUUGACUAGCAAACCGGUUCCUUUAAGUUAUUGCUAUUGUUAGUUGGUAAUAACUUUUUUUCACUUCAUUUAAAAUUUUCAAUUUGCAGUCCGUGGGUCGGAUGACUAAUGUCAACUUUUUUUUAAGAUUCUCCCUUUC